UUCUGUUUGUUUGUCCGUGCUAGGGCGGCCGACCUGUGCUGGACUCUGCACACCUUCUGCCUUCCCCAAGUGGCUCAGCCCAAGGUCCAGUAGUGUAGUCCCUGCUGCAUGGUGAGCCCAAAACUGUACACCUAUCCACUCUCCACCUCACAAAACAUGGCAACUGCGGGAAAGGUGAUUAAGUGUCGCGCUGCGGUGGCAUGGAAGCCUAACGCUCCUCUUGUGAUCGAAGACAUUGAAGUGGCCCCUCCCCAGGAAAAUGAAAUACGAAUCAAGGUGAUCGCCACAGGUGUGUGUCACACUGACCUGUACCACCUGUUCGAGGGGAAGCAUGAGGAGGGGUUUCCUGCCGUGCUAGGCCACGAGGGGGCCGGGAUUGUGGAGAGCGUGGGCCCCGGAGUCACAGACUUUAAGCCAGGUGACAAAGUCAUCCCUCUGUUCAUCUCCCAGUGUGGGGACUGCGUGUUUUGCAAGUGUCCAAAAACUAACUUGUGUGAACGCAGCUGGACGAGUGUGCGAUAUGGCAUCAUGUCAGAGGCGGAUUCCCGUUUCACUUGCAGAGGAAAAGUGAUCCUGCAGUUCAUGGGGACCAGCACGUUCUCCGAGUACACGGUUCUCAACCAGAUAGCUGUGGCGAAGAUCAGCGACGAUGCCCGGCUGGACAGAGUGUGUCUGCUGGGCUGUGGCAUCUCAACGGGGUAUGGAGCCGCCAUUAACACUGCCCAGGUUACUCCAGGAUCUGUGUGUGCAGUGUUUGGUCUGGGUGCAGUAGGUCUGGCAGCGGUCAUGGGUUGUAGAAAUGCUGGAGCGUCCAGAAUCAUUGCCGUGGACAUCAACGAGGACAAGUUUGCUAAGGCCCGGGCACUGGGAGCCACUGAUUUUGUGAAUCCAAAGAAGCACUCAAAACCCAUCAGUGAUGUCUUGUCUGACAUGACCAAUGGAGGGGUGGACUUCUCCCUGGAGUGUGUGGGCAACGUGGCAGUUAUGCGCAGCGCUCUGGAAUCGUGUGCGAAGGGCUGGGGUGUGAGCGUUGUGGUGGGCUGGACCGACAUGGCCGACUUCUCGGCCCGGCCUAUUCAGCUCAUUGCUGGGAAAACUUGGAAGGGCUCUCUCUUCGGAGGGUUCAAAAGCAAAGACUCAGUUCCUAAACUUGUCCUCGACUACAAGUCUGGGAAGAUUAAUCUGGAUGAGUUUGUGACCCACAACAUGCCAUUGGAAAAAGUCAACGAUGCCAUUGAGCUCAUGAAAACAGGAGGAUGCAUCCGCACUAUCUUGGACGUGUCGCCAAAGUAAAAGGCCAAUGACCAGAUGGAUACAACUCCCGUGUGAACUGCCAGGCAACUAUCUUGCUCAAAUAUGACUACAUUUAAUGUUUAGGUCUGGCCAAUCAAAGCCUGCAAAUAGAUAUCUUCAUUCAUGAUACCCUAUAUAGUAGUAAAACUUGCUGUCAUACUAAGUAAAUCAUAAUUCACAGUUGCAAACCAAAUCCACUGAAUUAUAUUUCACCAAGUAUGUAAUGUAUGUGCUGCCUUUAGAGUUAAAUUUUAAGCAGCCUAAGGUGCUCCAACUGUUUUUGCUAUUACUAACAUUUGAACACUACCAUAUUAAAUUACUCUCCCAGUAGA